AACAUAGGCUAGUUGGACACAGUUACGAAGUGCACGUCUCAUUUUGGUCGUACGGAGUUGCCAACGAUACCGUCUCCACUGUAAAGUUAGGAAGGUUUUGUUAAGAAUUAUUUAAAUCUAGAUAAGAAUAGAAACAGCGACGCGGAUCCGAACAACUUGAGAAAUCGUCAAACCUCUGACAAAAACAAGUGGUGAGGUGGCCUGCUUGGUAUGCCACCAUGGAGGCACAGAAUAGCCCACACCAGCACAACUUAGACAACUACAACAAACUAUACAAGAUACCUGGACAAGAAGAUCAGAGAAACAUGCCAAGCUACCAGUACUGCUGCACACUGGCCAACUUCCGUAUCGAAAAGAAGAUCGGGAGGGGCCAGUUCAGUGAAGUGUACAAGGCCACCUACCUGCUGGAGGGACACCAGGUAGCACUGAAGAAAGUCCAGAUCUUUGAGAUGAUGGAUGCUAAGGCGCGCCAGGACUGCAUCAAGGAGAUUGAUCUGCUGAAACAGUUGAACCACCCUAACGUGAUAAAGUACCUGGACUCCUUCAUCGAAGACAACGAACUUAACAUUGUUUUGGAGCUGGCCGAUGCUGGUGACCUCUCUCAGAUGAUAAAGUACUUCAAGAAAAAGCGACGGCUGAUUCCAGAGAGGACAAUAUGGAAAUAUUUUGUCCAGCUGUGCAGUGCCCUGGAGCACAUGCAUUCCCGCAGAGUAAUGCACCGUGACAUCAAACCAGCCAAUGUGUUCAUCACAGCCACUGGAGAGGUGAAGCUGGGAGACCUGGGACUGGGACGCUUCUUCAGCUCCAAGACCACUGCAGCCCACUCACUAGUGGGUACGCCGUACUACAUGUCACCAGAGAGGAUCCAUGAGAAUGGCUACAAUUUCAAGUCUGACAUCUGGUCUCUGGGAUGUCUGUUGUAUGAGAUGGCUGCGUUGCACAGUCCAUUCUACGGGGACAAGAUGAACCUUCUCUCUUUGUGCCAGAAGAUCGAGCAAUGUGACUAUCCUCCACUACCACCCGACCAAUACUCUGCAAAGCUGCGAGACUUGGUCAGCAUGUGCAUCAACCCUGAGCCAGAUGAACGUCCAGACAUCAUCUUUGUUCUGCAGAUUGCCAAACAGAUGCAGCUGUGGACUGCCAGCACCUGAAUAUAAGUUUAUCCCUCCAUCUGGGUCUCCAUUCUGUCAACUGGUCUAUGACUCCAGCCUUUGCUGGUCUCACUGGAACCUGUACUUCCAGCCUAUGUCUCUCAGUGAUUGAGACACGGGGCCAUCAAGGAGACCAUAAAGAGAGCUGCUUGGGAUUUGUUGUCAAAAGCCUGUGGAGUCUCUACUGCUAUAGUGGUCACGGCAAACAGCUUUUUCAGGCCAAGUGUCACAGUAAUUUGAGGAAGUGAUGGUAGUGAUUUGUAGCAAGAGAAAGAGUAUCGUAGCACUAACAUGACGUCACAGGGGGUACAUCAUCACGGUGGACUUUUUGAUGUGACAGGGAUUGCAUUCCAAAUCGAUUCCCUGUCUCACAGGUUAAUUGUGUGCUUUCUCACAUUUUUGUAUGCUAUGUAGUGAAGGUGUGGAUAAAAAAAAAACUUUUUUCCUUUUUGAGAUUUGUUUGCUAGUCUUGUAUUUAGAAAUAAUGCUCAUUUUUACAUGCAUCAAAUACCUCAGACAUAUAUUGCAUAUGUUUUGUGUACAGUGUUGAUUGUGACCCAAAGGAUAUUGUAUCGCAACCUUUGUGUCCCAGGUCACAAGUUACUUAUGUGCAACAACAAAAGACAUAAACUGAGGACACUGGUUUGAGAUGGUAUUUUCCAAGUAUCUCGGAGAUUGUUUAACCUGCCAUGUCAUUUCCCAAUGCUGAAUCAACAUAAGCAAUGUAGAAAGCUUUUCAAAUAUUAGUCUGACUUAAAUUUGGGAUUCAAUCCCCUUUUUAAUAACUGGUGAGAGGGGCCUUGUUGAUGCUUUUUUAAACUAUAUUUUACCAGUAUUUUCUCUACAUAGCAAUGCAGUUGACUGUCCAUUUACAGCUUGAUUUGGAGAAUGUAGAUAUAGAAAUCAAACCAGACAAGUUUGAACUGUGAAAUUGUGAAACAGUGGAAAGUGCCUUAAUAAUGAAAACAUUAAAAGACAAAUUUUAUAUAUUGAG